AUGCAGCAGGUGGAGAAUAACUACAAGGAAUUUGUCUUGGAGAACCUUAAUCCACCCUGCCCAAAUCACUGGCUUAAAAGUUUGACCAUUAAUGUCAUCGAGGCUUUCCUACGCUGGUAUCUUGAUUGUCAUAAUGUGGGAUCCCUGCCAGGUUUCCUCGUGUUGGUCCGCUUCUGGAGGAUAUAUUACUGCUACGAGCUUGAUAUGGAUUUCCCUUAUCGUUUGAAACGAAAGACUAAGGAGUUUGACUAUAGACUCUGUGAGACGGCCAAACUUCAACCACCUAUCAACCCAGAUGAUCUUCUUGCUCUUUCGUAUCACGCCGUUGCCACAUCCCAGGUGUACUUUCCAACCCAGAGGCAAAGAACCCAGCAUGGGACGAUUCAGAAAAUGAUGACACGUACAUCCGCUCGGCCUGGAACACUUCUUGAAAGCUCAGGGUAUUGCCGAACAAAUGAUUCACUUCUCUGGGGAGGUAUUGAGCUUUUCAUGGUUAUGGAUCCUGAACAUCCAACCUGUCAAGUCCUCCUUAUGAGAGUAAAACACCAUCUCAAUAAGGGCAAGAGAAACGAGGGAGUACCGCCAAUAUACUCCUAUACUGAGCGAAACGAUAAUCUAGGAUACUGUGUGAUUCAAGACAUACUAGAUUUUGCAUUCGAGGAUGAUGCUUUUGCAAGUGAAUACAUCAAAGAACCUUGGGAUAUCUGGCGGCAUACCAAAGUCCCGGAACACAGGAAGAGCGUUCCAAUCCAUAUCAAGAAGAAAAUGCGGAGAAUACUGGUUUUCCGACCUGGAGUUCAAAAUGAAGAGGGAAAAUGCAUCACCCAUCCAAGAGCUCUAACAGCAAAACAAUUUGGUGAGGAUGAAAACAAUCUUUCUCGAGCCACCGGCAUGGAGAAAGUUGGUGGGGCAUACAAGUACAGAAAAGGGGCAGCUGAGGCAUUUGAUAAAAAUUUGACUGAGCACCAGCACAAUCAUGUCAUGGGCCAUACCAAAGGCGAGAUCUUCCGCGCAUAUGUGAACCCUUACGCGGGCGACACACAGUCGAUAUAUCUAGGGACACCAACCAGCGAAGCCCUGAACAAUUUAUCCACUCAUGCAAGCCUUACACGCGACCCAGCUGCACCACAGCGUCUGACUAAGGAGCAGAGGGAAGCGGUUGAGAACUAUCCAGAGCUAAUUCAGGCUAAGCAAUAG